CAUGCUGCUUCCUCUCUCACCCAGUGAUCACUGAUAAAUCAUUCUUGGCGCUGUAUAUUAUAUAUAUAAGAAGCUACACAUAAGAAGAGAGCUAUUGCAGCAAGCGACAACACAACUCACAAACGGAGUUUAUAAAAGAGACCGCCUGCUCGAUACUGAGACGUCUCAACGCUCCUCUUCGGUUUCAAAAGUCACGAAACCAAGCACGGGAGAGAUGGCUCUGAAGGUGCUGAUCAACAGAAGGGCCAUGGCGCUUUCAGCUCUUAUGUUGGUGGCAUCGGUACUGCUCCUCACGACUAUGAGCAACGUAGCCGCUGCUGAGAGGCCGCUGAUGGAGAAAGAUCCCGAGCACUUCAUGGGCCCAGAGACGGGCGAGCGAGGGAUCCUAGGAAAAGUCAUUAGAUUCUUCUGGCAGAGCGGGAAGUCGUCAUACGAGCCUGUUUGGCCUGAGAUGGAGUUUGGGUGGAGAUUGGUGGUGGGAUCGAUAGUCGGGUUCUUCGGAGCUGCACUGGGGAGUGUUGGAGGGGUCGGAGGUGGUGGGAUAUUCGUUCCAAUGCUCACUCUGAUUAUCGGCUUUGAUCCAAAGUCAUCCACUGCCAUCUCCAAGUGCAUGAUUAUGGGAGCAGCCGGCUCCACGGUGUACUAUAACCUGAGGCUGAGGCACCCAACACUGGACAUGCCCCUGAUCGACUAUGAUUUGGCAUUGCUCUUCCAGCCGAUGCUCAUGCUAGGCAUCAGCAUCGGUGUUGCCUUCAACGUCAUGUUUGCUGAUUGGAUGGUUACGGUUUUACUCAUCAUCCUCUUCUUAGGAACAUCAACUAAAGCAUUGUUCAAAGGCAUAGACACAUGGAAGAAGGAGACAUUGAUGAAAAAGGAAGCAGCCAAGCUGAUAGAAUCGGAAUCGAAGCCCGAAGAUGGUUCUAAAGACGAUUACAAACCGCUGCCUAGUGGUCCUUUAGUGGCCGUACACGAAGAUGAAGUUCCUCUACUUCAGAACAUCCACUGGAAGGAGCUCGGAUUGCUUGUUUAUGUAUGGGUGGGUUUUCUCGUCGUUCAAAUUGUCAAGCAAUAUACCCAGGACUGCUCCAUCAGUUAUUGGAUUCUGAAUUCGUUGCAGGUGCCAAUUGCUGUCUCCGUUACAUUGUACGAGGCAAUAUGCCUGUACAGGGGAACCCGAGUGAUCGCAUCCAAGGGAAAGGAGAUCACGAAUUGGAAGCUCCACAUGAUCUUCCUCUACUGCUCCUGUGGGAUAAUUGCCGGCAUGGUAGGUGGGCUGCUCGGUCUCGGAGGCGGCUUCAUCCUGGGGCCCCUUUUCCUCGAACUGGGAAUUCCUCCACAGGUGGCAAGUGCUACAUCGACCUUCGCAAUGACGUUCUCAUCUUCGAUGUCGGUCGUCCAGUACUACAUCCUCAAGCGGUUUCCUGUCCCGUUUGCGGCUUACUUCGUGUUGGUUGCAACCAUGGCCGCAUUCGCGGGACAGCACGUGGUGAGACGGAUCAUUGCUAUACUAGGCAGGGCAUCCAUAAUUAUCUUCAUACUCGCCUUGACCAUCUUUGUGAGCGCCAUCAGUCUAGGUGGGGUUGGAAUCUCGGACAUGGUUGAGAAGUUGGCAAACCAUGAGUACAUGGGAUUCCAGAGCCUCUGCGGUCGGUCCUAAAGCAUCUCGACCAUAUCCGUAUCGUCGAAGUGCUCCUCCUCGGCUGAGCAGAAUCUCUACCCGUAUCAAUCAUUCGUCGAUUUGUUGUUUCCUGUUGAAUUAUGUGAUUUUACACGAGUUAUAAGGAUUUGUUGCACAACCUAUUACGUGAUUCAUCGUGUUUUUUGGCAUCUGAUUAAGUUUUAAGCACUUACAACUUCUGUGUCAACUUUAGAUCUCCUAAACAGCCACCUGGUCAAGAGUCAUUGUCCAAAGAAAGAAAAGAUACGAAUAAUAAUUAAAGAUUUCCAA